AUGUCUUUCGUCACCGGAGAUGGGACAUGCCAUUGUGGUCGGAGGACGGUGAUUCGGACAUUAUGGAAGGACACCAACCCUGGGCGGCGAUUCGAGUCAUGCUUGAAUUAUGAGCAUGGAGGGUGUGAUUACUUUGACUGGUUCGAUCCUCCAAUGUGUCGCAG